AUGGCGCCACCAGCGAAUCCCAUCCCUACCAUUGACAAGCUUCCCUUGCGAGAGGGCGACCCCGCCUACUCGGCCUGGGGACUCUGGGGCAACGGGCCUGACAGCGCAUUGGGUAGCCUCAACUAUUUGACGGAUGAGGUUGUCCUUAAAACCAUCAAGGAGGAAGUGAAAACCGGCGAGCGGGUCGGGCUCAAAACAACCCAGGAACAGAUUCACUCUGCCCCUCGCACCGAUUACAAUAGUUUGCAGCCAUGGACGAAGCGCAAUCUUGCUGGCCGCGGCGUUCUCAUCGACUACGCCUCACAUGCCAAGCGACAAGGCAUCUCCUAUGAGGCAUUCUCCGGCCAUCCCAUCACCGUGGCAGACAUUGAGGCCAUCGCCAAGGAGCAAGGCGUCACCUUUAAUGCGGGCGACGUUCUCUUCAUAAGGACAGGCUACGUCGCUGCCUACAAGGCCGCGGACGAGGCGAGACGCAAGCUGGCGGCUGAAGGCAAAUGGGUCGGCUUGUCACAAGGGAAAGAGACGGUGGAAUGGCUAUGGGCCAAGCAGUUCGCGGCCCUUGCGGCUGACUGUCCUGGGUUCGAAAUGCUCCCACCGGCGGACCACGACUGGUUCCUCCACCCCAUUGUGCUUUCGGGCUGGGGCACACCCCUUGGGGAGCUCUUUGACUUGGAAGGGCUUGCAGCCUUGUGCGAAAAGAACAAGAGAUGGUCCUUUUUCUUCACCUCGUCUCCAUUGAACUAUGCCGGGGCUGUGGCAUCGCCGCCAAACGCGACCGCCAUCAUGUAA